AUGCCGGCUCCCCUGUUCCCACUGCUGCUGCGGAUGCUGUCGGCCCGCCUGCUGCUGCCCGCUGCCCGCCUGGCCCGCCAGUACCUCGUCCCCUUGCUGCGCCGACUGGCACGGCGCCUGGGCUCCCAGGACUUGAGAGAGGCUUUGCUGGGCUGUCUGCUGUUCGUCCUCAGCCAACGACACCCGCCGGAUGCUGCAGAGGCUUCCCCAGUGGACCGCAGGGAGAGAAGGGAGAGGUUAGGACCCCAAAAGUGA